AGAAACAAAAAAAAAAAAAAGGAAAAACAAGGUCUGCGAAUAAGGGGCUCGCAAAACGACUGGGAAAGACAGCCAUCAUGACUUCCGGCCCCUCAGAUAGCGACAAUAUGGACCUUCUUUGUGGAAAACUUGUUUUCAACCUCCUCGUGGUUGUUGUCGUUGUCUGCGCAACGAGUAGAGCACCAUGUCUGAAGGAUGUCGUCUUGUCGUGGCAGACCUGCCAAUAGAAAUUAUCUGCCAUAUAUUCUCGUUUCUUUCCUUCCAUGAGCAAAUACCAGGGUUAGCAAAAGUGUGUCGUACUUGGCGAGGUGCUCUACGGGACCUUCGUACAUUGAGCUUGGAGGCCACAAUUUCUGUUUUGGAUUAUACACUGCCUAGGAUUCUAUCAGGGUAUCCCCGCCUCGAACGUCUCAUCAUUGAGCCGUCUCGUUACAUUGACACCAUCGAUGCCGCCUACCUUCUGACAAAGGUAGCACAACAGUUUAGAGGACAUUCCACGUUACGCUAUCUCUUUUGCUCGAGCGAUUGGAUAGUACCUGGCGCAGUGGAGGGUUGUCCUCGAUUAGAGGUCCUUAUUGUACCAAGCUUGCGGGGAAAGGAAGAAGAAGAAGAGGAAGAACCGCAAGGGGUUAGUGGAAUGGAAGAAGAUGGUAGAGGAUCCGGUAUGGAUACAAUGGAUGUGGAGUAUCCAGAUGAUUUGCACGAAAGUGAACGAAGAAUAGGAGGGAGGCAUUGGGAAAUUUGGCGAGGGUCGGGAAUGAGAAGAAAUUUGACAUGGAUCAUGAAGCACAAACCUACUCUUACCCACAUUGAGAUGAACAAGCCGACUUUUUGGAAUCGUAUACCAAAGGUGGCUCCGGCUUCUCCAUCGCCAAUAUUAAAACAUCUGAAACUGUCGGAUAUUUGCUCAUGGGCACUGGUCAACUUUCUUGAUGUCCUUCGACAGUCUGGUCAACUAGAGCGACCUGGCCUACCGCACCUCACCACAUUAACGUUGGAUUUAGACUGGCUCAUCGUCCCAACGAACGCGUACGAAGCUAUUUCUCUUGGCUGCCCGAAUUUGCAAUCCCUUACCUUCAUAUACGCCAACUUGACACCGGCUGGCGUGGAAGCUAUAGCCACUCAUCUCCCUCGGUUAAAGUGUCUGGUGAUGGACAAAUGCGACAUGUGGUUUUACCACGGCUGGAUGUCUUUGGUACGGUACCUCUGUAGUAGAAUGAAGGAACUGGAAAAAGUUGGCUUGGAAAAGUGUUCUUUCAGAGAGCUGCCGCUCACGAUGCAAGUACGGUUCCCUGUAUAUAGUACGCGAGCAGGAACAAUGGGAUGGUGGACACAUUCACUGCGGUCGCUGAAAUUGUACGCAAAUGAUGAAUAUCGACCAAGUACAGCCGAUCUCAAAGAGGUAGUGGAACGCUUUCCACAGCUGCAGGAGUUGAAACUGGAAGUCCCAGCGGAAACGUUUACAAAGGAUGGAAUCGCGGUGUGGGGUCCUGCUGCGGUCAACUUACACGGCUUGAAGAAACUAGUCCUGCGGAGUGGCAAGUACGAACCAUACGGGACAGAGCCAGUUGCGGGUGAUACUCCACUCCACUUGCCGAACCUUCAGACCCUGUCCAUAUGGUCAUGCCCCAUUUUCCCUUUCAACUUUAUUCUACCGAAUGCAUCGAAUCUUACCACUCUGAAGCUCAAUUUUCUUCCCACAAUCUUACCUGACACGACCUUUAUCAGUCUUCCAAACCUUCGCUAUCUUGCUGUCCGAGGGAUAACGAUACUUGCUCAUCAAAUAUGUCUGUCGAUCGUUAAUGCCCUCACCGCGGACAGCCCCAAACUUGAAGUUUUGAUAAUGGAGGCACUCCAUCGAGAUUGCUCGAAUCUCCCGUCCACAUUUUUUCCCCGUCUUGUCGAAAAGUGCCCAAAACUCAAGGUGAUACGGCUAGAUCGCUUCAUAACCCCAAGGUGCACUCUUACACUGCUGGCAAGUGCCACUAUUUGGCCUGAUCUCGUGUCUUUUCAUGUUUGGGGCCAAUCGGCUAUUCAUGGAGCCACAUUGGAAUGGGAGCAAACUUCACUCGGUCCGUUUUUGCAAACCCACCGAUUGCUCCGAUCCUUCCACGUCGGCUUGCAUACUCUGGAAGUGCCGGGAUUUGAACUAGAGGGUAGAUGUAUGGAUGAGCACGGGUAUGCCCGGAAUGUUGUCUCGUAUGCAACGUAUGCAAGGUCUAUCAAAGCACGUUGGUGGUGGUUAGAAGAUGUUGUGGUUCAUGGCCCUAUUAAGCGACGAAGCGUCGCAGACUCGCUCCUGUAACAACGCAACAAGAAACAGUUUCAUAGAUAGUAUAUAGGUAUUUGUAGAUGAGGCUUGUGGAAAUAAACUUUUGGUUAUCUUGAUCAGGAGGAUGCACAGCCCAA